AUGCAAAACAAAUGUGAAAUAAUGUCUAGCAGUCCAGCACAAAAAAUACAGGAGACAACCAAUAAUAAAGAUGUGGUUGGAUCUAGCCAUAGUUUGGUUUCUUCGCCAUCAAAAUUUGAAACUAAACUCAUGUCUCCAUUUUGUAUAUCGACUGAAGAUGAUCCAAUAAUUUUACUUAACAUCGGCGGUGUGAAUUUGUCAACAAAACAAUCAACAUUAACAUGCAUUCCAAAUACAGUUCUUGCUCUAGCUUGUACCGAUUCCUGGUCAGAAAAAAUGACACGUGACAAUGAUGGACGUUUAUUUUUUGAUCUCGAUCCAAAUUUAUUUCAGCAUUUACUUAAUCAAUUACGUGAAUGGUCACCAAAACGUAAAGUAUUCGAAUUGCCACGUAAUGAAUUCGAUCGACAAAGAUUUUGUUCAUUAUGUUACCAAUUAAAUUUUCAUCGAGACUUAGUUGACGGUAUAAGUCGACACGAGAAAUUUAAUAAAACAUUUGGACAUAUUCUACUUCAUGAAAAAAGUUCUCUUGCGAUACAUGCUAGCAGUUAUCGGCAUGCUGAAUGUCGAGGUAUGAAUGUUUAUUCAACGGGUAUUAAUCGAAUAAUAUUAACAUUAAAACAUGAUUCUAUCGAGAAAUAUAGUACAUUUAUUGGCAUUAUAUGGUCAACAAGCCCGAUGCAAGAAAAAUCAUUUGAAUCAUCGACAGCUUAUGGUUGGGCAGGAGAAAAACAAGUAUUUUUAAAAGGCCUACCAUCAUGUGUCGAAGGCUACGGUGGCUAUGAUUCGGAUAUAUGUACAAACGAUACAAUUGAAUUAACACUUAAUUGUCAAUUAGGUGUUAUCUCGAUGUUUAAUUAUCGAACUAAAAAAAUUUAUCAAAUAAUAAUUGAUACUCGUGAAGGCUGUCCAUUCCCUUGGCAAUUGCAUAUUAAUUUAUUUGCACCUGGUGAUCGAGUGAAAAUAAUUAAUCCGACAUAG